AUGGAUCUGUUUGGUUUCGGGAAGAGCAGUUCUAACGAGAACAAAAGCGCGGAUUCUUUGUCUUCUUCUUUUGCGAGAGCGGAAGAUAAAGCGCGAGAGGAAAAACUGAUGGAGAUGGAGACGGAUUUAAAUGUCAUCUUGCAAAAGAAAAAAGACGAUGGGGAUCAUCAUCCUUCUUCGGCGGAAGCGUACAACAACAGUUCAGCAUCAUCGAACAAUAUCGGUUUGCUCGCCUUGAUUGCGUGCGCAGGGUUAGCCGCGUGGUUUUUGUUGAUGAAGUUACCGCAGUCGAUGCCGAGUCCUGCGGCGCAGGCACAGAUGAUGAGACGGGAGAGUACUGCUGGUGAGGAUGGGUUUGGCAGCGCGGACGAGUUGGAACCGACGAGGACGUCUUUUAGUGGCGGGGAGAACGAUGGAGGAGGAGAGAGUUUUGGAGAAGGGAGUGAGGAGAGCGUGGACGAUGACGGUGGUGAUUUUGAGGACGAUUACAGGGAUUUUCGACCGGUAUCUCGAUUCCAAAGCGAUGACUUUGGCGACGACUACUCUUACGACGAUUACGACGGCGACGAAGGCGUUGAUAGCGGAUCAACAUCUACAUCCGGGACGAAAGAGGAGAUGCAAAUGGACGCCGCUGAACAAUGGUUAGGGGAACAUCACAAUAAGUUUUUCAAAAACGUGGUGAAAGAGUUAUCCAUGGACGAAGACGGGUGGGAACGCGCGGCGAAGAAACAGUUUUCCAUGCGCAAAGAAAUCAUCAAAGACGCGGCAAACAUGAGGAAAAUGGAAGGGUACCGAUCCAUGCUCGUGUUGGCGUUAGAAGUCGCCACGGCGAUUGGGGCUUUAGUAUCGUUUAAAAAUUGGGUCGAGAGUGAUAUUUACAUGAGAGACGUGAUUGAUUUGCGACAAAUCGUACCGAAGAUUCCCGAUAAGUCGAACUUGUUACCGGUGAGAGAGAGGCCUACUCGACCGUCAGCCGAGUUAGUCAAGAAGGAUAUCUCUAAAUUGACCACGGAGGAGUUGAAAGCACAAUUAGCGUUGCUCAGAGAGCAGAAGAGUUAA